ACGCUGCCUGACAGCGCGCGGAGGGAAAAAUCCGCGAGACCGCAGCGGGGGAAGAUGGCGGUGCUGGGGAAGAGUUUCCAAUCUUUGUGACUGGGCGAGUCGGGUAACUAUUCGGGUCAUGGCGUCAAACUCAACCAAGUCUUUCCUGGCCGAUGCCGGCUAUGGCGAACAGGAGCUGGACGCUAACUCCGCUCUUAUGGAACUGGACAAAGGUCUGAGGUCUGGCAAACUCGGGGAGCAGUGUGAAGCAGUGGUGCGCUUUCCCAGGCUUUUCCAGAAGUACCCAUUCCCUAUUCUCAUCAAUUCAGCAUUCCUAAAGUUAGCUGAUGUUUUCAGAGUUGGAAAUAACUUUCUGCGGCUGUGUGUUCUCAAAGUGACCCAGCAAAGUGAAAAGCACCUGGAGAAGAUUCUAAACGUGGAUGAGUUUGUGAAGAGGGUUUUCUCAGUGAUCCAUAGUAAUGACCCUGUGGCAAGAGCCAUCACUCUCCGGAUGUUGGGAAGUCUGGCAUCAAUCAUCCCUGAGAGGAAGAAUGCCCAUCACAGUAUCCGUCAGAGUUUGGAUUCCCACGAUAAUGUAGAAGUUGAAGCUGCUGUUUUUGCAGCUGCAAACUUCUCUGCACAGUCAAAGGAUUUUGCUGUGGGGAUCUGUAACAAAAUCAGUGAAAUGAUUCAAGGUUUAGCUACGCCAGUGGACCUGAAGCUGAAGCUGAUCCCCAUCCUGCAGCACAUGCACCAUGACGCUAUCCUGGCCUCCAGUGCCCGUCAGCUCUUACAGCAGCUCGUCACAUCCUAUCCCUCCACCAAAAUGGUCAUCGUGUCUCUGCACACGUUCACUCUGCUUGCGGCCUCCUCUUUGGUUGACACACCCAAGCAGAUUCAACUUCUGCUGCAGUAUUUGAAGAAUGACCCCAGGAAAGCUGUGAAGAGACUUGCUGUUCAGGACCUGAAGCUGCUUGCUAGUAAGACGCCACACACGUGGAGUAAGGAGAAUAUUCAGGCACUCUGUGAGUGUGCACUGCACACUCCUUAUGACAGCUUGAAACUAGGGAUGUUGUCUGUCCUCUCCACACUGUCAGGGACCAUUGCCAUUAAACAUUACUUCAGUGUAGUUCCAGGAAAUGUAGGCUCUUCCCCCAGAUCUUCUGAUUUAGUCAAAUUAGCCCAAGAAUGCUGUUACCAUAGCAACAGGGGCAUCGCAGCUCAUGGAGUGAGAGUGCUAACUAAUAUAACUGUAUCUUGUCAAGAAAAAGAUCUCUUGUCACUGGAGCAAGAUGCUGUCUUUGGCCUGGAAUCCCUUCUGGUGCUUUGUAGUCAAGAUGACAGUCCAGGUGCUCAAGCCACUGUGAAGAGUGCUCUCAGCUGUAUGGUGAAGCUGGCCAAGGGCCGGCCCCAUCUGAGCCGCUCAGUGGUUGACACUCUGCUAACUCAGCUGCACAGCUCUCAGGAUGCUGCCCGGGUCCUCAUGUGCCACUGCCUGGCAGCCGUUGCCAUGCAGCUCCCAGUACUGGGUGACGGAAUGCUUGGUGACCUCGUGGAGCUCUACAAGGUGAUUGGACGAUCAGCCACAGACAAGCAACAGGAACUUCUGGUAAGUUUGGCUACUGUGAUUUUUGUAGCCAGCCAGAAAGCCUUGUCUGCGGAGGUGAAGGCAGUAAUCAAGCAGCAGCUUGAAAGCGUCUCCAGUGGGUGGACCGUGUACCGGAUUGCCAGGCAGGCUUCCAGAAUGGGCAACCAUGACAUGGCGAGAGAGCUUUACCAGAGUUUGCUGACGCAGGUCGCAUCAGAACACUUCUACUUCUGGCUGAACAGUCUGAAGGAGUUCUCACAUGCAGAGCAGUGUCUGACUGGGCUGCAGGAGGAUAGCUUCAGCUCAGCACUUUCCUGCAUUGCUGAGUCUCUGAAAUUCUACCACAAAGGGAUUGCCUCCUUAACAGCUGCCAGCACACCACUGAAUCCUUUAAGCUUUCAGUGUGAAUUUGUAAAACUCAGGAUCGAUCUUCUCCAAGCCUUCUCCCAACUAAUUUGCACUUGUAACAGCCUAAAGACAAGCCCUCCCCCUGCGAUUGCCACGACCAUUGCCAUGACCUUGGGAAAUGACCUUCAGAGGUGUGGUCGGAUCUCCAAUCAGAUGAAGCAGUCCAUGGAAGAAUUCCGAGGCCUUGCUUCCCGGUACCGUGAUCUCUAUCAGGCAUCCUUUGAUGCAGACUCGGCAACCCUGAGGAAUGUAGAACUGCAGCAGCAGAGCUGCUUACUAAUGUCUCAUGCCAUAGAAGCCCUGGUUUUGGAUCCUGAGUCAGCAAGCUUCCAGGAGUAUGGGUCCACAGGCACUGCCCAUGCCGACAGUGAGUAUGAGAGAAGAAUGAUGUCUGUAUACAGUCACGUCCUCGAGGAGGUGGAGUCGCUUAACCGGAAGUAUGCCCCAGUUUCCUACAUGCACACAGCAUGCCUCUGCAAUGCCAUCAUCGCUUUGCUGAAAGUUCCUCUUUCGUUUCAGAGAUACUUCUUCCAGAAACUACAGUCUACUAGCAUCAAGCUUGCUCUGUCACCUUCUCCUCGGAACCCUGCAGAGCCCAUUGCUGUACAGAACAACCAGCAGCUGGCAUUAAAGGUAGAAGGCGUUGUUCAGCAUGGGUCUAAACCAGGACUGUUCCGCAGAAUUCAGUCUGUGUGUCUGAAUGUUUCUUCCACUCUACAGAGUAAAUCCGGCCAAGACUAUAAGAUUCCCAUUGACAGCAUGACCAAUGAGAUGGAGCAGAGGGUUGAGCCACAUAAUGAUUACUUCAGCACCCAGUUUCUGUUGAACUUUGCUGUCCUUGGAACACACAGCAUUACAGUAGAGUCAUCAGUGAGAGAUGCCAAUGGCAUCAUCUGGAAGACUGGCCCCAGAACUACCAUGUUUGUCAAGUCCCUGGAAGACCCCUAUUCCCAGCAGAUUCGCCUGCAGCAGCAGCAAGCCCAGCAGCCUUUGCAGCCUCAGCCACAGCCUCGCAGUGCCUACACCCGCUUUUAGCUGUGCUACAGGAAUACUGCUGCCACACUGCACAGCCAUCAGCCUACAAGAAGAGUCUUCUCAUCAUGUGUGUUAAGUGUAAAUGUUACAGUGCGAAAUCCAGGACUCGAUGAUUUCUGUAAUGUAGCAUUCUGGUGAUUUUUUUUUUUUCUUAAAAAUUUAGUGUAAGAAAUAACUUGGCUCUUAGCCCAGAAGGUGCAUUUUUUUCCAUUUCUUAAGCGCAGUCUUCUGUCCUACACUUAGCAUUUUUGUUGUAUUCUUUGUGGUUGACGAGCUUUUCUUCUUCCAAGAAUAGUCAUAGGUCAUUGGUAAAUUUGACUAUGUCUCUACCAGGAUUAUUGUGCUGACUGGCCCAGGCCUGGGGUUUAAGGUAGGCAGAGGGAAGUAUUGUCGAGUCCCUGCAGUGCUCCACCAGGGCUGGAGAGUAAGCAGCACCUACCUUCUGGUCUUUGGGAGCCUGUGGUCCACAGGCUCAGAAUCCUGCUUUUUUUGUUGGCACCUCUUACCCUCCUUCUCCUGUGAAUAAGUUCAUGGAACUUGUCCCAGUUUGCAGGUGUCUGCAGCACGCCAGACAGGGCCUGUUAGUUUAUUGUUUUGGUCUUUAAUUGAGCCCCCCAAAACAAACAAUCAAACAAAGAAAAACCAAACAGCUCACAGCUACUUAGAAAAGUUGGAAAUGAAUGGUGGUGUUUUUUUCUGGUGUGUGACUAGUGUGGACUUCUUACAUUUUUUUCUACAAAUAGAAUAUGGUUCACAUAUGUCUUCCUGUUUGUUAUGGGGACAGAUCCUUCCCUCUGGUUUCUACUAGAUGAGGUAUUGACUCUACACCUGAUGUCUAGACAGCAGUCUCCGGGCCAUAACCUCAACUGGGAUGCUCAGGGAACAGACUCUGGUGAGCCAGAAAAGCCCUUUUUCUACUUCAGUCAUGGUUGGAGACUAUAUGACAGCACACUUAUUCCAGGUUUGAUUUAACUUUGACCAUGGCCGCUCAGUGCUUACAGACCACAGUUAAUAGACAGGAUGAACUGAACAUGCUGACAGGCGGGGGGGUGGGGGGGGGGGUGGCUGCUAAGGGCAUGGGCCCUGGAUUUCCCUGUGUAAAUAAAUCUCCUAAUUUCUU